UACAUCCUCGAAUAUCGAUGGAUUUUUUUAUAUUUAAAAUGGUGUCAAAAAGUUGUCUACGUGAUUCUAAUUUUAUUUAUUUAAUUGGUUAUCCAACUUCUCAAAUAGUCGAUAGUAAAUUACCAUCAAUUAAACAAGUAUUAUCAGUGCUUUUUUUAACAUGCGAAAAGUCAAAAUAAAUUUGAAAGAAAGUUCAAAAUUAGUAGUACAGGAAGUAGUAAUUUUUGGCAGAAGGCUCGUAUUCCAAUCAGUGCUGAACGAUAUUGUAUGAAUAAGUGACAACAUUUGUAUUUUGAAUGGAGAGAACUACAGAAAUCACAACAUAGAGACGUACAGAAACACAAACGAAAAAAAUUGAAUUAUUUUACUCGAAAUUGGAAGAUAUAUUUGAUAUAGAGGUUGUUAAUGCCUUAGAUUUAAUUAGAAGUCAAGAAGAUAGGGAUUUUUCAGUAUCCCAGAGACAACAUGGUCCCCCCGGAAGCAUGCUUGGAAUUGAUUUAAAUACUUAUUAUAAAGAAAAAAGAUUUGAUGAACGGAUAAGAAUGAAUAGCGAAAGAAAAAAAAGAACAUAUGAAGAAUUGGAAAUUACUCAUGAAUUUGUAAAUAAUGACGUGAUCUCAGAUGACGAAUCAAGUGAAAAAGAUGAUUUUGAAAAGCCAGGUCCGUCUCGGCAGAAUGAAAGUUUAACAGGGAGAAAAAAAGGUAAUGUUGAAAUAAUGACACCAAAACUUGCCGAUGCACUAGACCAAUGUAAAAUUAGCGAUAGGAACGCAGUGCAUAUUUUAAUUGCCUGUGCUGAAGCGUUGGGUAACGAUGCUAAUGAAUUAAUUAUUAAUUGAAACCUCAAUAAGAAUUUCCCGUUUAUCAUUUCGAAAAGCGCGGGCAGAUAACAUACGUAAAGAGUAUACAUUAUCUCGCGGUGAUUCAGUAAUUGUUCAUUGGGACGGGAAACUAUUACCAGCAUUGAUAUAGGUAAAAAACAUAUAGACAGGCUCCCUGUCAUUGCAUCUUGGUAAUGGUAAUGAACAAUUACCUACUUGGAGUGCCAGCUGCAGAUUCUGGAACAGCAAUAGAACAGGCUAAUGGAAUAUUUUAUUUACCAAAUGAUUGGUGUACCACGGCAAAAGUUCAAGCUUUUUGCUGUGAUACUAUGGCUUCUAAGUUUCUAACACUGGCGUAUUUAAGGGAACGCGUGUUCUAAAAUUUUAUACCUACCCUGCCGGCGUCACAUGUAUGAAAUCGUUCUAAAAAGCAUUUUUGAUGCAAAAUUCGGGUCAACUUCUGGACCAGAAGUACCAAUUUUUAGACGGUUUAAACUAUUUUGGGAUAACGUAAGCACUGCAAAUUUU